UGCAUAUGAAGCAACGUUUGUUCAAUUUGCGUAUGGAGGAAGGUAUGUCUCUCAGGAAUCAUCUAGAUCAACUCAAUACUAUCUUGCUAGAUCUGCGGAAUAUUGAUGUUAAAAUAGAUGAUGAGGAUACUGCCUUAAUUGUGUUAGUAUCUUUGCCACAGUCAUAUGAGAAUUUCGUGGAUUCUUUUAUUGCUGGGAAAGGUAGUUUGUCUUUGGAAGAUGUCAGAUCUGCUCUACAUACUAGAGAGGUUCGACAUAAGACAUCUGGUUCAGGUUCAGAAAAUCAGGCAUAUAUGUUGGCUGCUACGAGUAGUAGGAGACAACAAUCUGGUAAUAGGAAGGCGAAUACAAAUUCGAAUUCUGCUGGUUUGAAGGAUGAUAUCUGUCAUUACUGCAAGGAGAAAGUACAUUGGAAAUUUGAUUGUCCUAAACUGAAGAAAUAUCAGGAGAAGAAGGAAUCAUCUGCUGUUGUGGCGGAAGAAACUAAAUCUGAUUCUAAAGAUGAUUUAGCCUUAGCAGUGAAUGAACAGGUACAUCAUCAGGAUGUGUGGUAUUUGGAUACUGCGGCUGAUUAUCAUAUGUGUCCAAGCAGGGAGUGGUUUUCAACUUAUGAGCAGAUAGAUGGAGGACAUGUUUCUAUGGCCAAUGGUGCUAUCUGUAAGAUUGUUGGAAGAGGCUCCGUCAGGAUGAGGACACAUGAUGGUUCUGUUUGCACCUUGAACAAUGUUAGGCAUAUUCCAGAAAUGACUAAGAACCUGAUAUCUUUGAGUCUACUCGACAGCAAGGGUUUCAGCUUCAAAGGUGAAGGUGGAGUGUUGUCUGUCUACAAUGGUUCUAAGGUGAUUUUGAAAGGUAUCAAGCGGGGUGCCUUGUAUAGUCUACAAGGUUUUGUUUUGACAUGUUCUGUUGGUGAUAAGUGCAGCAAGUUGGUUCUGAAUGGCAAGUCUCAAUAUGGAUUGGAAUUGCCGAAUGGUUUGAGUUGUUGACCGCCCUUAGGGGCAUUUGGAGGCAGGGGAGAUUCUGGUACAGCUGAUUUGGAGGAGUUGGGUACAUCUGGCAACUUUGGUUGCAUCUGGUACAUUUGGUAUUUGAGAGAGAAUUCAAGUCAAGGUGGAGAUUGUUAGAAUAUGACUUGAAUUUGAAUUGGUUUUGUUUUGUGUUUUGGGCCUAUUUUGUUUGGGUUUGUGUUUGGACUUUGUUUUGGCAUUUUCCUUGUAUGUUUGGGAAAAGGUGUUUGGUUUUCUGUUUGGGAUUAGGAGAAGAGUUCUAUAAAUACUCUUCAUCACC